AUGCCGCGGCGUAAUGUUUUAAACUCUAUGCACCAAGUGAUACAAUCUCAUCCUUAAAACGCAAUAUAUUUCAGUAUUCACAGCAAAUCAAGCUUGUAAUUGAAGCGUUAGGUUGUAUUUGAAAACAUUAGCAAGAGCCUUGUGUUGGGAGCAGACGGAAAAAUCUACCAAGUAUGGACAAAUCUGUCUUGUUCGUCCUGGUUACAUUUCUAGCAUAUUCCGCGGCACCAGCUUUCGGAACAAGGCACGCAGAACAUACCUUGAAUGCCAGGUUACAAAGUCGUUUUCGGCGUGGAAUACCAGACAAAGACCUUGGUGACGUCAUUAAAAUUUGCAGUCAGAAUCCAGUGGAUCUAGCUUUUGUAGUUGAUGCGUCCCGCAGCAUCGGACGACGGAACUUCACGAUUGGCCUCGGUUUCGUUCAAGACAUGGUGCGCAUGUACGAUAUCGCACCGGAUAUGGUUCGGAUUGCUGUGACGACUUUUGGCUAUGGAGUUUACGAAGGAGCCUCGUUCAGCUUUUCUCGUUACAAGACUCAACCAGAGGUACUGGAAGCAAUAGCUCAACUGUAUUAUUACGAAGGCGGGAGGACAGACACGGGGGACGCUAUAGCGUACAUGGAGAAGAAGCAGAUGGUGGAGGCGCGGCCAGAAGUGCCGCACGUGGCGAUAGUCCUGACAGACGGCACGUCGCAGAGACGCUACUUCACCAGGGACAUGGCCAAGAGGGCGCGCGAUUCAGGAAUCAAGAUGUUUGCAGUCGGAGUUGGAAGAUGGGUGAAGGAGGAAGAAUUGAUCAACAUUGCAGGAGACCCGUCACGUGUGUUCCGGGUGACUAACUACGAAGAGCUGAAGACCAUCAAAGAGGAGCUCGCCUAUCAGACGUGUUACGAAAAACCGAAACCAACACCUCCACCAAAAGCCGAACCGUGUGGCUCGAAACACCCCUCGGAUAUCUACUUCGUGAUGGAUCAAGUGGCUCUGGGACAGGACGGUGUCGGGUGGACAACUCAGUUCAUGUCACACACCGUCGACCAGGAGCAGAUGGGGGAAGGCAUGCAGUUUGGCCUGAUCAGCGGAAUCUGCCCAUUCGACAGUGGCUUCUCGUUGGAUACGUAUUCUCAGUCGCUGUCACUGAAGAAGAGAAUCCGCCAGAACGGAAGCCCAAAACGACUGGCCCAGCUCGUCGGCCAACUGUUGACGUCUGCGUUUUCCGAGAGUCAGGGGCACAGGCCAGACUCAAGAAAGGUUGGAGUUAUCUUUCUUGGAGGAAAGAUGGAUACCCGUGCUUUGCUGGACGAGAUGAAAGCUGCGGCUAUCAAUGGCGUGAAACUGUUCUUCGCCAACACCGGCAACGUCAGCCAAGAUGUUCUGGAUAAGCUCAGUCUGAUGGGUACAGUCCUAGAGGGACAAAGUACCAGAGAGCAGUCGGCAAUAUUCACCAAUCUGCUAUGUCCUCCACAGAAUUAAAUACACACAAGCACACGUUGAAAACACAUUCAAAAUACACACAAGCACACGUUGAAAACACAUUCAUAAUACACACAAAGGCAUUGUCGAAAACAAAUUCAUAGUUACAGAUAUAUAGUUACUGUCCCGCUUAGAAAUAAUGUAUCGUACCUUUGACUUUGAAUACUCAUUUAUGUACAUUUGGUGUGGUAGUGAUUGUCCCAAAGCCUGUAGAAGUUCAACGUAUUGUUCCAAUGUGACCGACAGGUGCGAGACAGGAACUUAAUGAUGCUGUGUUUUUUAAAGUAAUUUUCAAGCAAAACCCCAAGUUUUAGAAACAAAUACCAGACAAUGCUGUAAUAGGACUGGGUACGUUUAUUGGGCUAAGCAUUUAUUUUCUUACAAACCCGUGUACACGACGAUCUAUUGUAGAUCAAUUUCGUCUCCAAUAUUAUUAUGUUGGGGAUCGCUUCGUAGGAUUGUGAUUCGCUGUUCAAGUGUCUCGAGUAACCACAAUUGCAUAACGCCAUUAUAGUACGUCAUUUAUGGUAUUAACCUAUUCAGUUUCAAUUUGAUGUUCAGUUUUUUUGUUUAGUGUUUGUACAUUAACCAAUACUGAAAAAUUACGUUUUCAGCGUGUGUAAGGAAUGGAAUAAUAUACCCGUUCCCGUUGAAGACAAUGUAUCUUACAAUUCAUGGUUUCCAAACGUAAUGUAACUCGACUUCGUUCAUCAGAACCACUUGUAAACUAAAUCGUCUGCAGUGGUACUGGUGUAUUAUUCUCUAUAACUACAGCUAAAUCUGUAGCAUACUGAAAAGGUGCAAUCAGGAUAUAUCAUACUGAAUGGAAUGCUCACCCUCCUGAACAUGGUUUUGGUUUAAAGGAUCCUUUCUGUGAAAGUCGUCUGUCUAGAAAUACUUCAGCGCUUCUCGUGUCACUUUAAGAGCAGAUUUCUCUUUACCAGCCUCAUAUUGGUUUUUUAUACGCCCGUCUAUGAUGGGUCCGUAUUAUGGUAUGGCGUUUGUCCGUCUGUCCGUUCGUCCAUCUGUUAACGUUUUCUUGUCCAUACCACAUCGUUCAUACAGAUGCAUACAAGACCAUCAAUCCUCACAAGUAGAAACCAUUUGGGAUGGCGGUGUGUCGCGUAGUAUUACUAGGUCAGUGUGACCUACUUUUCACGGUCUACUGCACAUAACAGUAAAUCCUUGUCCGGCUAAUUUCUUGGCGGUUCUAUAUUGUUAACAUGACAUACAUAAACUGUUUCUCUGCCAAUAUGUGUCACCAGAGUACCCAUGCUAAACAAAAUUUCCCUUUCUGAUAAAGAACAAUAAUUUCAUUAAUUUCAUUCUUGCACCUUCUCCAAUGGAUACAGUAUCAUCAGUAAUUGGUCCAAAACAAACUGUUCAUGCAUCCCAUUGCAAACAUUUCACAUAAUUAGAAUUAAAUGAUACCCGUAACAUAUUCAUUAAUAUUU